AUUUGUCACGGAACAGACUGUCAGAGCUUCCAGCAGAAGCAUGUCACUUUGUCUCCCUCGAGAGUCUUAAUUUGUACCAGAACUGCAUUCGAUAUAUCCCAGAGGCUGUUUUGAACUUACAGUCUUUAACAUUUCUAAAUAUCAGUCGAAACCAGCUUUCAACAUUGCCAGUACACCUCUGUAGUCUACCACUAAAGGUUCUGAUAGCGAGUAAUAAUAAGUUGGUUUCAAUACCUGAAGAAAUUGGACAGCUCAGACAGCUGACAGAACUUGAUGUGAGCUGUAAUGAAAUACAGACAAUACCUCCACAGAUUGGCAAUUUGGAAUCCUUGCGGGACCUAAAUGUCAGAAGAAAUAAUUUGGUGCGUUUACCUGAAGAGCUUGCUGAGUUGCCUUUGAUUCGAUUAGAUUUCUCCUGCAAUAAAAUAACAACAAUACCAGUUUGUUAUAGGAACCUCAGACAUCUGCAGACCAUCAUGUUAGAGAACAACCCUCUCCAGUCACCCCCUGCACAGAUAUGUAUAAAAGGGAAAAUUCACAUAUUUAAAUACCUGAACAUAGAAGCAUGCAAGAUAGCUCCAGACUUGCCUGAUUAUGAUAGGAGACCCAUGGGAUUUGGAUCUUGCCAUGAGGAGCUCUAUUCCAGCCGGCCGUAUGGAGCACUUGAUUCUGGCUUCAAUAGUGUGGACAGUGGAGACAAAAGAUGGUCAGGAAAUGAACCAACAGAUGAGUUCUCAGAUCUGCCUUUACGUGUGGCAGAGAUCACUAAAGAACAGAGACUGCGAAGAGAAAGUCAGUAUCAAGAAAACCGAGGGAGCACAGUCGUAACUAAUGGUGGAGUGGAACAUGAUCUCGAUCAGAUCGACUAUAUUGAUAGCUGUGCCACAGAAGAGGAGGAGGAAGAGGUGAGGCAACCCAAGUGCAUGGACUCAGACAGCCUCAGCUCACAAUUCAUGGCAUAUAUUGACCAGCGGCGAAUCUCUAAUGAGAGCUCACCAGUAAAGCCUGUAUCCGUCAGAGAAUUUCAAAGAACAGAGGAUACAAGACGAUAUUUACAUCAAAACAGACCCCUGGCUGAUUCACCUUACUUUCUCUCUCUAUCAAGUCACCACAGUCAGGUGCCUAAUACAGAUCCUGAACUACACCGCAGGCACAUAGAGCGUACCCGUCGGGAGGCCCAGCUAGCAGCGCUUCAGUACGAGGAGGAGCGGAUGAGAACAAAACAGAUCCAGAGAGAAGCUGUCCUUGACUUUGUUAAGCAAAAAGCAUCCUUAAGUCCUCAGAAGCAAAGUCCUCUGGAUAGUGAGUGUCCCUUUCCAUCCAGAAGGUCUCAGCAUACUGAUGAUAGUGCCUUGUUAGUGUCGCUCUCAGGGUUGAAUCAAGAAAGCUGUGCUACUACCCUGCCUAAUGCCUCUAUCUUCAGUCCUGUCAAGAGUGAUGACAGAUCUGCCGUCUCCCCCGGUUCACCUACCACUCAGACAGUCCACCUUUCCCCUCCAUAUCCUGGCCAUGCAGCCCCGCCUUCCUAUAGAAACCCUUCCCAGCGACCUGAGAGUUUCCUUUUCCGAGCAGCUGUCAGGGAUGAAGCAAGCAAAGCUGUUAUUUCAUCUUCUACCCGUGCCUUGUCUCCUGCUAAUGAUUCUGCAGACCCUAGAGUAAGACAAAACUCCAAACAGCGAGAGGAGGAGCUGGAGCUAAUAGAGCAGCUACGUAAGAAUAUAGAAUCACGGUUGAAAGUGUCGUUGCCCAGUGAUCUUGGAGCAGCUCUCACCGAUGGUGUUGUUCUGUGCCAUUUAGCUAAUCAUGUGCGUCCCCGAUCUGUUCCCAGCAUUCAUGUCCCCUCACCUGCUGUUCCUAAACUUACAAUGGCAAAAUGCAGACGAAACGUGGAGAAUUUCUUGGAAGCUUGCAGAAGGAUUGGAGUGCCUCAGGAGCAAUUAUGUUUGCCUCUGCAUAUUUUAGAAGAGAAGGGUUUGACACAGGUAGCUGUGACUGUCCAGGCGCUCCUGGAGCUGGCACCCCCAAAGCAGCAGCAACUUCACCACUUGUCUGCUGUGUCUAUUGUGGUGACUGUUGAAUCCCUUAUUUCACAUAAUUGCUUCUUAUUGGCAUUGGCUGAUCACAUUGCAAGUGGAGGAGAACACCUGAAGGCUGGAGAAGAACAGCAGUGCCAACCUUGGCAAAGUUCCUCAAAACUGCCGGCUUUUGGGACAGUGCACUCCGCUCCCAUCACUGGAUGUGCUCAGCCUGUUCACUUGGCAGCUGUACAGCCAAGAAACAGAAAUCCACUGCGGUUUCUGACCGGGAGAGGUAAGGCUCAUAAGGAGAGCAGCGCCUCUGGGACAGGCUGCGGCAGCGGAGGAGGCCGGGAGGAGCUGGAGGGAUGGGUGGCAGGGUGGCCACGGCCCCCAGGCAAGAGCCUGCUGCUCGCGGGGGUUCAGUCAGGUUAA